AUCAAGACACAUAUGGCUUUUAUCAAUGUAAUGCAUGGUGUCCGGUUGGACAAGGUAUAAGCAGCAUAUCAAUUUCUGGAAAAAGCUCAAAGCCACUCAUAUGGCAGGAAAACGACGGAUAAUAAUAAUUCAGAUUGUGCAAUUACGAAGCCCUCACAUAUCCCAUAAUCUUUUCUGGGCAGAAUUGUGAAAUAUUUUCAUAAAAAGUGACUAUGAUCAUCUGUGUCGGACCAACCUCGUCCGGAAAAACUACGUUGCUGAAGAGGCUGCAGCAGCAUGAAAGUGGUGAAAGUCGGACAACGCCGAUGCCGUCGACCAUUCCUACGGUCGGCGUCAACAUGGUCGAGGUCCGGGCUAAACAACAGACUUUCCCCAUCCGAGAGGUGGGCGGCGCCAUGGCUCCGCUCUGGGCCCAACAGUGCUCGGACGCCGAAGGGGUGAUGUACAUCAUCGAUUCAGCGAAUCCUCAGCAGUUCAGCCCUGCCCUUAUUCAGCUGCUCCAACUGCUUACUUUGGAGGGAUUGCAGAGGGUGCCAUUUCUACUGGUGUUUAACAAGAUAGACGCGUAUUCGUGCAUUCCGCUGAACGAGUACAAGUCAGCGUUGAGGCUGAACGACAUAAUCCACCACGCGGAACAGGCUAUAAAGGUUGUCGACUCGAGCAUGCUGACGGGAUACGGACUGGAUGAUAUGCUGGAGUGGCUAAAAAAUUUAGAAACGCACACAAAAUAGAUGUCACUGGAGAGCGAUAGAUUGUUACUAUCAUGUAGCUCUUCAUUUCCUCUUUUUUAGAAAUUGGCAUGUUUUUUUAAACCGCCACUGCAUGCACAUUGACAGUACAACCUUAUUAUAAAGUAGGAUGCACGUUGAGUAGUUGAAAGAUAAGAAGACACAACACCACGAGAAUUGAGGUUAUUAAAUACAAGAUGUUUUAAUGUGCAAUACGAGAAAACACUUUUGUACAAAUGUGUGUCAGAUAAAAACUAUGAAACAAAGGUACUACUAACGAAAUAAAACAAAUAAGAGUGCGAAUACU